AUGAGGUGUACGAAGGCCUGUGCUCCCGUUUUAAAAGUCAUCCUCACAGGGAGUUUAAUACUGGCUGGAUUUGUAGUUCUGUUUUUAAUGUACUACAAGUCACUCCCAUCUCACAGAUGUCCUCCUCCCCUGGCUCAACCAAAACAUGCAACGACACAAAAGAAGAACAAGCCCGUCAUGCUGCUGUGGAUGUGGCCUGGAAACAAAAGGUUUGAUCUGCAAGCCUGUGACACUCUUUUCGGGAUUGACAGCUGCCAUCUCACAGACAAUAGAUCCUUAUACUCCAGCGCUCAUGGAGUUUUGAUUUUUCACAGAGGCAUCAAUGACGAUCUCUCCAACCUCCCCACCUCAGUCAGACCGAGAUUUCAGAGGUGGAUCUGGUUAAACACAGAUUCCCCUUCGAACACGCGCAGGAUAGAAGGCAUUCAAGGCCUUUUCAAUCUGACUCUAAGCUACAGGAAGGAUGCUGAUAUCCAGGUUCGUUGGCCAGUGUCUUUUAAAAAGAAGACGGAUGAAGAUUUUGUGCUGCCAACAAAGGAACGCUUGCUUUGUUGGAUUGUCGAUAGCAACGUCCUUCUCACAGAAUCAAGGGAGAGCUAUAACUACUACAGAGAGCUUGUAAAACACAUCACGGUGGAUGUGUUUUUCUCUGCAGAGUUCUCAAAAAGUGAGGACUAUUUCCUGACUAUCAGCAGCUGCAAAUUCUACCUCUCCUUUGAGAAUUCAAUUCACAGAGACUACAUCACCAAGGCUUUCAAUGGACCUCUUGCAGCAGGUACUGUGCCAAUAGUUUUGGGCCCACCACGAUUGAACUAUGAAGAUUUUGUCCCGGGUACAUCCUUCAUACAUGUUAAUGACUUUUCUGGUCCCGCGAAACUGGCUGAGUUCCUCCUGAAGCUGGAUAAAGAUUAUUUUUCCUAUGUGAGAUACUUUGAUUGGCGGCAAUUCUACAACACAAGGCCUCAUUUUACCAAGGAGAAUUAUGAGUUUGUGCAUGGUAUUUGCCAGGCUUGUCAUUAUUUGAGCAUUAACAAAGUGUACAGAGUUGUUCCCGAUCUGUACAAGUGGUUCUUUGGGUGA